AUGCCCAUCGAUCUCCUCAGACACAUGCACACGGCAAUCACAGGGCCGAUUGCCCUGCAGAAGCCAGCUACACGGCAGUCAUCCUCGAUCAUCCUUGGCAGUGUCCUCAAGGUGUUUCUGCUCGUCGCUGCUGUUGAGAGGUUUGGUUCAUUGACAGACUUGGUUCGCCCUCAACGCACUCGGCUCAUUCGGUCGGUGGCAUUGAUGAAUGAAACGCCCAACGUCCACCGCACGUGGUGGCUUCGCCUCUUUGUGUUCUCGAUGAGUCCGUGCUUGUUCUACACAUUCCCUCUUCCUCGCAGCGCCUCGCUAAUGCCCAACUCGCACCGCAGCACAUCAACUGAUGCAGGUGCAUACUCACGUGUCGCUCAACAGGGUUCGGCGUUCUGUAUGCUUCACAUAUGA